CAAAUUAAUUCUUGUUGGCAGUCAACUGACUUUCUGCUCCAACGCAUGAAGCAAGCCAUCUAAAUAAAGCAUAUACAAACAAUAAUCGAAAUGUAUGUAUGAUUUGUAGUGUGGUAUGUAAAUGUGGUAUUUAAUGAUAGGAUGAAGGCCCUGACAAUGAAUUUUGACACUUAAGUAUGAGUAAAUGAGUCACUAAGGUAAACUGAUCUGUAAACAACACAAUAUUAAUUAUUAAAUCAGUGGUGUAAGGUAGUGACAAUGGGGUCCUAUUAUGCCCUGGUUACAAGUCAUGAAGCAUCCACACACACACACACACACACACACACACACACACACACACAGUUUUAGGUAUAUAUAUAUAUUACACAGCAAUCGUCAUUACAUAUCUGUACAAGACAAAUCUACAAAACAAAUAGGAAAUUAUUAGUUUAACUUGAUAGUUUUUAUUGGUAAAUUAUAGUUUUUUAAAUAGUUUAUGUAGAAUAAGUUUAUAAUUUGUUAUAGAUUGACACUGUUUUACAAAACCAGAAAACCAUGAUGGAGAUGGGUUUGUCUUAUUUAGGGCAUGUAUAGCACCACUUUUGUUUUAAUGUGAGUUCUUCUUUGAACACGGGCAUAUUAAUGAAAAAACAUUGGCUGGCAGGAGGUUUGGGGUGACACCAGAGGACACUUGUCUCUCACAGGCCAUCCACUGCGUAUUUGCAUCUGACCAAAUGGUGUGACGCCGAUGCCGGUGUGGUCAGUUUCCACCGUCUGCCAGUCACACACUGCGGGACAAUACAUCACAUGUGGUUUGUCCUCGUUUUGUAUGAAACCACCUGCAGGGAAAGUAGCUGCUUUGCAGAGUUUUCCAUUUUCCACAUCAUUUGCAGAGGGGUUGUCCACAUCACGCUUGGUUUACAGUGGCACUUUGUAUAUCUCGGCCACGAGGGCUGAAUUUAGUCUUGCGAGAGUGAGUUUGUCGGGUGAGUGGUGGGUAUGCCUCUGCUGUCUUGAAGUGGUUAUUUUUGGAUAGAUAACUCACCUGUUUAUACAACUGGCAACUAAAAGCAAAUAAUGUAAUUCAGUAUAAUAGUUAUUCUGUGUGCUUUCCAGUGGUACUGAAGAAACUGCUUCCGUCUCACAACUGUAGAAAGAUUGACAUCAUGGCACCCAAGGAUACUACACUGAAGUGUCUCCCUCCGUCAGUCAGGCUCACAAUGGUCGUGUUUCUCAUUCUUAUACCAGCUGCAGGCAGUGCCAGACAGGUGAACUGCUCUCAGCCAAACCAACCAGCCCUGCUGGAAGCUCUGACUCCGAUCUUUAACCUGAGCGCCAUACGACCAGUCAUGAACAUGACAACCCGUACCACUGUCAUGACAUAUUUCACCCUGUAUGGGAUACUGGGAGUGGAUGAAAAGGCUCAACUCUUGAACACAUACCUUUGGCUACAUUAUUGGUGGAUGAACGAGUUUGUCAGCUGGGACCCAAGCCAGUGUGGCAACGACAGGAUUACUCUCCCAAGAAAAAAGUUUUGGGUGCCAGAUAUUGUGAUCAAUGAAUUUAUGGAUGAAAACACAGCCCCGUUUGUCCCAUAUGUGUACCUGUAUAGCGACGGUAGGGUGCACGAUGCUCAACCGGUCAAAGUCGUCAGCUCCUGUAACCUCGAUAUCUACACGUUCCCCUUCGAUAUACAGAACUGCACUUUGACUUUCAACUCCUACAUCCACUUCGCAAUGGACAUAAAGAUUAAGCUGGGGAAGGCUGCAGAUCACAUCACAGAGCACUCCAAGAAUGUGAUGACCACCAUGGGGGAGUGGGAGCUGCUGGAAAUUACUGCCCACAAACAAAACCAAGGACAUGAUGAUGGCUCUUACGUCGACGAGCUUGCAUUUCAUAUCAGAGUGAGGCGCCGUGCUACCCUGUAUGUGGUGAACCUCCUGAUCCCCAGCUGCUUCCUCAUCACAGUGGACCUCUUCAGCUUCCUGCUGCCUCCCCACAGUGUGGACCGUUCCUCCUUCAAGAUGACCCUCAUCCUGGGCUACACCGUCUUCCUGCUCAUCAUGACCGACCUGCUGCCUAUCACCGGAAACACCAUACCUCUCAUGAAUGUGUUCUUCUCCAUCUGCUUGGCUCUGAUGGUGGCCAGCCUACUGGAGACUAUCCUCAUCACCAACCUGCUGUAUGGCGCGGAUGACUUCCCUCCCGCCCCUCGCUGGAUCCAAGUGUUUGUUCUGCAAAUUCUGGGCCGUCUCGUUUGCCUGACUUGGAAGAGUAAAGGACCAAAAGAUUCAGACAGGAAACCCAGCGCUGUGGUGGCACAGCGAAAAGCUGAUGACGCACUUCCGUUGGAGAAGGGGCCAGCGGUGGAGGACAGUGCGGUUCAGGAGCUGAGGAUCCUGGGCAGGGACCUCCAGGCCAUCCGCCUCCAGGUGGAGAAGCAGCUGGUUCGAAGCCACAGCUCAGAGGAGUGGAUCCAGGUGGGUUUCAUCAUAGACCGCCUGCUGUUCGGCCUCUACAUCCUCUUCAUAUCAGUCAGCUUCAUAACCAUCAUCAUUAUCUGGGUGAAGUCAUACAAUCAGUAGACAACGGCUGUCUGUUUUACAGGGCUCCAUUUAUGUAGUUAGAGACUCAAACGUGUGUUGAAUUUUAAUCAAUAGAUGAUAAUGCUGUUGUUUUGCUUGGAGCCAAGACAUUUAUACAUACUCUCAAGUUAUUGUGCUAUUGUUAAUAAUAACAAUCAUCAUUAAUCUAACACUAUUACAUUAAUUAUAUGUAGUUCUAAGCCUUUUGUGUUACAC